AUGAGCACACCGAAUCGCCCACCUGGGCGAGCCAGCCUGCCACACACGCCCGUCGCCACGCCUCCGUCACGUAUCCGCACCGAUUCAUUUGCUGAGCCCAAGUCUGAACUUCUUCGGCAUGCGCUGGAAGCGAAACGGGCUGCGCAUGUGACACCUACUCCGACGCCCACCGAAUCAAGAUGUGCACAGCCUCAGACGCUCAAGAACGUCGCAUCCGAUCCGUGGCUGGACAAUGCAAAGGAUGAGGAAGAUACCACGAAGGCAACCCCUGUGCGCCGGCCCAGGCGACCAAGCGAUGGCGCUUUACCACGAAUGCACACCCAGCGCGAACUGCAGACGGAGAACGAGUCCCUCAGGAAGGUCCAGAUGGACCUGAAGCUACGGCUCCAGGCCCUGGGUGAUCAACACAACAAGCUCCAAGACGAAGCUGAUGAGUACAAGGAGCGUAUCAAGGAACUAGAGCCCUACGUAGCCCAGGUUGCGGACUUACGAGAUGUGAACAACAAGCUCUCACUUAGAAUGCAAGCGAUGGACAACGAAAUGGCUGAUCUUCGCGAAGAGAACCAGGAGAUUACGAAGAUCUCGGAGGAGACUGUGGCGGAAAUGGGAAAGAGGGAGGAGGCUUUGGAGGAAGCCGCGGGGCUCAUUCUCGGCUUGGAGACGGAGAAAGCUGCCAUGGUGGAGGAGAUUGCACAGCUGAAGGCACAAGCGGAAAAGGCACAAAUCGAUGCCAGACAAGAUAUGGAAGCUCCUCUGAAUGCAAACGAGCGAUCGGAUGACCCUACCCACGUCCACUCGAUCGAUGACUCUCGCCCUUCGACGAGCUACAACGACUCCGACUACUACAGCAUGCCUGCCUCGCCGCAUGCAAAGCCGAGCCAGGAGUCCAUGGUCUUCGUUUCCGAUCGGGCAAAGAAGUUCAUCAACAUGAAGAAAGAAACGCAACGAUCGACUAAGGAUCUUUCGAGACGGUUAUCGAAUGCCUCUUUGAGGUCGCAGAAGAAGAAGACAGAACCUAUGCCGCAAGUUCCACAGAUCCCAGAAGCGUACCGGCAGCAACCAGUUGCCCCAGAACCACAUCGCACACCCCGGCGAGUAGGGUCUCUGCGAACAACGUUGUCUCCCGCUUUGGCAUACGACCCGUAUUCUCUACUUCCUCAAUCCGGAAGCGCACCUCAGACACCUACCGGCAGUCUACGAGUACAAGUUCAGAACGGCUUGAGCUUAGACACAUCGCGGCACGCUCGGCCACACUCACAGAGGUCAAGCACCGCGAGCAGCCCUCUAGCCAGCAAGAGCAAGCAGUCACGUGGGCCGGAAGUACCAGUUGCCCCUGCACGUCACAGCAGUCGCACUGCACAUACCUCGUACUCGGUUGAACAGCUCAGGACGCAGUACAAGCCCGAGGACCAAACGGACGCAGGUACGGAAACGACAUGGGAGGUCCCAUCUUCCGUUGCGUCUGACGAUCGAACCACAGAGCUACUGGCGGAUUAUCGCAGCCCUUGGUACAAUCAGAUAAGCGCUUGGGGUACCAAUAACCGCGCAGAUGCACCGGGUGCUGGGGCUAGGAGUGGCCAACGGGGGGGUUCGUAUACGGAGGCAAACUUCCUGUUCAAUCCUGCCGAGGAUGAGGAUGCGUUCGUCGAGAAGGCGCGGUCAUUGGGCUGGCGUCGGUAG